UAGUAUUUUGAUAAAUAACUGUGAUCUAGAAAAACAACAUAAAUUCCAAACUUUGUAACAAGACUAAAUGAUACAGGCUGGUCAUAUAUGUAUACAAGCUCGUAUGUACUACACAUAUCAAUAAGCAACAGAGACAACUAAGCAUCCUCUUUGAAUGUGUCAGCUGCUGUCGGCAUCCCCACAAAGCUCAACAAUGAACGCGCACGGACUGACCUUUCAGCACCUCCAUCACGAACACUUCCACCAGAUCCACCACCAUCACCCGCACAACAUGAUCCAAGAGCACCCGCAGACACAGCAGUUGCCCCUGCAGUAUUACCACGAGCUCCAGCAUCAGCUUCAGGAAGAGCAGACGCACCCCCACCAGCUGUACACCAGCUUCAGGCUCAGCUACGGCUACUCCCCGCUGCACUCGCCUUCGUCACCUUCCUCGGGCACCAUCCUCCAGAGCCCGUCCUCGGAUGAGAUGCCGGACUAUCCCCCGGGGUACAACUGUUUAAAGGCUUCCAGGAGAAGGAAGAGGAAAUGCCAGCAGCAGCAGGUGCAGCAAAGACAGGCCGCGAACAUGAGAGAAAGAAAACGUAUGCAGUCGAUCAAUGAUGCUUUUGAAGGUUUACGGUCUCACAUUCCAACAUUGCCUUACGAGAAGAGGUUGAGCAAAGUGGACACACUCAGACUGGCCAUCGGCUAUAUAGGUUUCUUGUCCGAGAUUGUCCAGUCAGACGUGAGCAGUAAGGAGAGUGUACAUACUCACGUGCACGAGCAGCCCAAGAAGGUCAUUAUCUACUGUCAUGCUGGCCCUAAUGAAGACUUUGAUCUUUACGGACCACCGCCAUUGACCGGACACUCGUUGUCAUGGAGGGAUCUCAAACAUCCGAGUCUAGGCCCUCGACACACCAUGGUAGCCAAAAUCUGGACACCUGAAGACCCAAGAUCUCACAAGCUUCAAGACGCUGAUUGCUCUGGAAUGUUACACUCAACGGUGGACUCAACAGAUUUAUAACAUUUGAUCAGUGUUACCUACUUUAUGACAGAAGAUUCACAAAGUUUAUAAUAUCCAUUAGACCAAAUAUCUGAAUCUUUGCUUAACAGAUUAUUAUUAUUAUAUUGAGUACAUUGCCAAAAGCGUACGCACAUCGCUUAUAAACUCGACUUAGUAAAAUUUUAAGGAAGGAUGAAAAAAAGGUGAAAUACUUUUUAACAUAAAAUAGAUGAUCUUUUUUAUUUUAUUUUAUCAAUAAUAAGAUUACAGUUGCAAUUAUUUACUAGGCUACAAAUAAACAUUUGUCCGGACUCAAACAACUGGCAUAGCUAACACUACAAUUAAACAUUUUGUGUGACUUCAAUGUUCAUUUAAUAUUUACAUUUUGAUGAGGAAAAUCUACUAUUCUUAUUUAUUUCAAGCGACAAACAUGUUUUUCCAUAAAAAACAUUUCUUCUACAUUUGGGGUGCAUGUGGUGCGGGGGGGGGGGGGGAAAUGAUAAGUGACACAUUUUUCAAUAAAGACAAAUUUUAGUUUCAUCAAUUUACAAAGUAUUACAUUUUUCAGUUGAAUACUUUAACAGUCGCACACAUACGUUAUUGUACAUAACUAAUGUAUAUAUUGAGAUUCAAUUGUUAUAUUCAAUGUUAUUUAUGUAUAUUUUCAGACCCAUUUUUUCUUUGAAACUGUUGUUUCUGAGAAAGAAUGGUCAUGAAUAUGUUGCUGAAAUGAUUCCAUACUAUGUGAUGUUAUUUGUGCAAUGCUUUACUGCGGUCAACUUGGUCACUAUACAAUGAUAAUAAAU